GGCGCGCGGCGGCCGCACGCGCCGGGAGAGCGGGAAGCCCGAGGGGGCGGGGCGGAGGGCGGCGGCCGGCAGGUGCGGGGGCGCGCGGAUGCGGGCGGCCGGAGAGUGCCGCUAGGCAGCACCCCGCGUGCAGGGGGCGGCGGGCCGCGCGGCCGCUCCUCCGCGAGGCUGCGCGGCGGGGCGGGGCGGGCCGGAGGAGCGCCCGGCAUGUCGCAAGUGCUCCCGGCGGCCGGCAGCGUCCUGCAGAGGAGCGUCUCGGCGCCCGGGAACCAGCCGCAGCCGCAGAGUCCGGAGGACGAUGACCGGAAGGUCCGAAGGAGAGAAAAAAACCGAGUUGCUGCUCAGAGAAGUCGGAAGAAGCAGACCCAGAAGGCUGACAAACUCCAUGAGGGUCACUUCAUAUUCCAAGAUGGCUGCUGGAGCUCCACUCAUCAGGUGCAGCUUCCAGGCCAACAGCAAGACAAAGGGGAAGAAAAGAAAAAGGGUAUCUGUCUCUCACUUUUACAGAGACUUUCCAAAGACCCUUUUAAUUGUGUUUCUUUGAUCACAAUUUUAUCAUAUGGGCACAUCUCGUUGCAAGGAGGGUUGGGAGAUAUAAUCUUUUAGCUGGGUAUGUUGUUGAGGAUUUGGUUACUAAGGAAGAAGGGGAGGGUGGAUACAAGCAAUAUGCUGAGCAAAAGAAAAUCCAGGACACAAAAAGAGUAUAUACUAUAUGAUUCCACUUAGAUGCAACUGUAGAAAAGCCGAGUCUAACUUACAGUGACAGAAAACACAUCAUUGAUUGUGGUAUUGAUCCCAGGAUUGAAUAGGAUGGGCACAAGGAAACUUUUUGAGAUGAUGGAAAUGUUCUGUGACUCGAUUGUAGUGAUGGUUAUAAAGGUGUAUAAAUUGAUCAAAAUUCAUCUAAAUGUGCACUUAUAAAUUAUAUUUAUUAUACCGUAUAUAAAAUAUACCUCAACUUUAUUGUUGAUUUUUUGUAAGUAUGGAAAAUCCCAGCACUACAAUAAAACUGCUCUUAAAUUUUG